AGUGGGUAGAUUGGGGGGCCUAAAUGUCUAAGCCACUACGACAGGAAUGGUUAUUGCUUACUAUCUUACCAUCCCUGUUAGUCUGAUGGGAACAGACUCAAUGAUCGGUCCCGAUACUUUCGAUCGGCGGGAUCCUUUAUGGUUCGGACACGGGUAAAUAUGGCAGGAAAAUUACCCUACAACAUCCCAUCGCAUUUAUAUCUUGGGAUGGAGGGCUCUCAUAUGAUCAUAUCAGGGCCGAGAGUCACACUCCUUUACUCUGGUCUAUGCUCUAGCCAUAUCGAUGACUUCCCAAUCAAUCGUCUUCAUCUCUGGUGCAAACCGGGGUCUCGGCUACGAAACAGCCAAGAACCUGCUUCUGUCAGGCAAUUACCACAUUAUCAUCGGUAGUCGAGACCGCUCGAAGGGCGAGGCAGCCGUCGACUCUCUCCGCUCCCUGCCUGGCAUCCAUGGCACCGUGUCAACAGUCCAGCUAGACGUGACGGAUGAUCAGUCCGUUGAUGACGCAAAAGCACGUAUUGAAUCGGAUUUCGGCCAUCUGGACGUGCUCGUGAAUAAUGCAGGCAUCUACCUCCUCAACCCGGAGGUUGUCCGUGACGCCCUACGGCUUACUCUGGAGACCAACGUCACGGGUGCAGCAAGUCUGACAGAGGCACUGCUUCCUCUGCUACUGAAAUCCGCGAACCCCCGGUUGAUCGUUGUGAGCUCCUCCAAUGGAUCGAUGACGUAUAAUCUAGAUCCAAACUCACCUCAUGGCGGCACUCAUGCCACGGAGUAUCGCGUAGCCAAAGCUGCACUCAAUAUGCUACUGGUGCAGUACCAUAUGAAGCUGAGGAGCGUUAAGGUGCUGGGUGUGGAUCCGGGGUUCUGCGCAACGGAUGUUAUUGGAGAUGCGGACGCGUUGCGCAAAAUGGGCGCGACGGAGCCGGAGGUUGGGGCGAGGAUUAUCGCCUCCGUGGUGAAAGGAGAGAAGGACGAUCAGCCAGGCAGAGUGCAUGGCCCUCAAGGUGUAGUGCCGUGGUAG